AAGGGAACAUGCUAAUUGUUCUAAGAGAACAUCCAUAAGCAAAACACAGAUUAAUCGCACUAAAGCAGCACCAAGACUGAAAAUCAAGCCUGAAGAUGUUUCCCGAAGUGCUGACAGUUUGGGAAAGGAUUGAGUUUCGAUCUAUGACAAUAGCACUCGCUGUUCUAUGUUUUUCCUUUCUGAUAUUACUUCGGAGGAGAAAGAGCAAACUUGCUCCGGGUCCUAAAGCCUUGCCCUUCCUGGGCAAUCUGCAUCAGCUGGAUACCAAAGAUUUGGUCAAAUCUCUAACAGAGCUGAGCCACAGAUAUGGUCCAGUCUUCACCAUCUACCUUGGGCCGCAACCCAAUGUCGUCCUCUAUGGAUACAAGGCAGUCAAGGAAGCUUUGGUGGAACAGGCUGAAAAUUUUAGUGGCAGAGGAGAGUUUCCUGCAUUUUACAAAUUCACUCAAGGGAAUGGGAUGGCCUUUUCCAAUGGGGAGAAGUGGAAGGACCUCAGGCGUUUUGCAUUGGUAACCCUGCGAAAUUUUGGAAUGGGGAAGAGAAGCAUAGCGGAGAGAAUUCAAGAGGAGGCGCAAUUCAUGUUGGAAGAGUUCAGGAACACAAAGCAAAAGCCUUUUGAUCCAACUUUCUUCUUGAGUCGAGCCGUUUCGAAUGUCAUCUGCUCAAUCGUCUUUGGCAAUCGGUUUGAGUACGACAACAAGAGGUUCCUGUCACUUCUUCAACACAUCCAUGACAUUUUUCAAAUUUUGAGUUCUGGCUGGGGAAAGUUUUAUAACAUAUAUCCUGGGAUCAUGGAUUACUUGCCAGGACCUCAUCAACGCAUUUUCAAACAUUUUAAAAACAUGAAAUCCUUUGUGCUGGAAAAUGUGAGUGACCACGAAAAAACAUUUCAGGCUGAAUAUCCACGUGAUUUCAUAGACUGUUUCCUUAUCAAGAUGCAAAAGGAGAAAGGAAACCCUAUAAGCAACUUCAACAAUGAGACCCUUGUGAUGACAACUAUUAACUUGUUCUUUGGAGGAACGGAAACUGUUAGUACUACUUUAAGAUAUGGGAUCCUUAUUCUAAUGAAAUAUCCAGAUAUCACAGAGAAGGUCCACCAAGAAGUAGACAAAGUGAUUGGAAGAAACCGAUGCCCAACAGUGGAAGAUAGGAGCAAGAUGCCAUACACUGAUGCUGUGAUCCAUGAGAUUCAACGUUUUACCAGUAUAAUUCCACUGAGCCUACCACAUUGCGUCAUACGGGAUACUCAGUUCAGAGGGUAUCAUCUGCCUAAGGGCACAAACGUGAUCCCAGUCCUUGCCUCCGUCCACAACGAUCCUGAGAAAUUCAAAGAAACCCUAGAGUUCAACCCAGAAAAUUUCCUGGAUGAGAAUAAUCGGUUCAAGAAUAAUGAUGCUUUUAUGCCUUUCUCUUCAGGUAAACGCAUCUGUCCAGGGGAAGGUUUAGCCCGCAUGGAAAUUUUCAUAUUUUUUACUACUUUCCUGCAAAAUUUUAAGUUCAAGCCCACAGUGCAUCCUGAUGAGAUUGACCUGACCCCAUCACUCAGCGGUGUUGGUAAUGUGCCCGUAAAUUACCAACUCAUUGCUGUACCUCGUUAGUAUACUAAGGAGUAUGGAAAUUCAUGGUGCUUCAUGUACAUUUAAAAUCAAUUCUGUGCCAGCCAUUAAAGGGCAGCAUUGUAAUGUGUAUUGGUAGGUAAUGAGCAACUCAGAAAUCUGUAUUGGGGUACUUUCACACUAGCGUUGUUUGAAUCCAGCCGUUGCCGGAACUGCCUGCCGAAUCUGGCAAACGGUAUACAAACGGAAAGCUUUUUUUUCCGGAUCCGUUAGAUGGAUCCUGUGAAAUACUAGAUCCAUCUCAUCCGGUAUCGUCCGGAAUAACGGAUCCGGUAUUGAAAUGUUUUUCAAAGAUCAAAAGAGAAACCCGCUCCUCCUAUAUCCCGGCGCAUGCACAGACCGGAAAACCGGUGAUGCGGCAAUUUCUGGAACACCUGGUACCGGAUCCGGCAUUAAUACAUCUCUAUGGAAAUCAAGUGCGUUAUUGUUCCGGGAUCUUGUCCGGAAAAAUUACCGCAGCAUGCUGCGGUAUUUUGUCCGGUCAAAUACCGUACAAGGGACGGAACGGAAGACAUCUGAUGCAUACUGAACAGAUUGCUUUCCAUUCAGAAUGCAUUAGGACAAAACUGAUGCGUUUUUUUCCGGUAUUGAGACCCUUUACCGGAUUUCAAUACCGGAAAAGAAUAACGCUACUGUGAAAGUACCCUUAUACUGAAAUGUAAAAACUAUCGACAUAGUAAACUAAAAAUAAAGUAAUAUAACGUAUAAUAAAGGUAAUGUAAGAUUGUCAGAACACCCCAUUCAUCACAAUGGGAAGAUACACUGUAGAUUUUCCAAUAUGAGAUUGCGGGCAAUAAACAGCAAAGUGAAUAAGAAUUUAACAAAUUUCAUCCACGUGCUGCGUAAAAAAUCCACAGUGGAAUUCACUUACAUUGUGAAUCACAGAAUGUCAGUUUAUGCUGCAUAUUUUCAUUGCAGGUUUCACAUUAUACAAUGGAAUGGAUGAAUUCCCGAUUUCCACUUUGGAAAAUUUGCCCCAUGUCACUGUACCCUCAUACAGCAAAAAGUAUCAGAGUCCAGUCCUGAAAGUUGUGCUACAUUUACAUAGCCAUCUAUUGAAAUGUUACUCACAAAAAAGGCUCUUACACAAAGUGGCAUCAUGUAGAUUGAGUCUCAUUGUCCAGCAUGAGUUGUCCUCUAAAACUAGCCUUGAAAAUCCACAUUUGAACUACACUGCAAUAAUAAACGUUGUGAAGCUCCAUAGCGCCUUCUAGUGGUGGCUGCAUAGGGGUGGAAUUAUUUCACUUACCUAUAUACAAAAAACAAAAGAGGUGCUUCAAAUUUGUAGCAAACUUCGUGACUUUUCUCAUCACUUUGUUGUGGUAAAAAUAUUAAUAGUUGUGAUCAGCCCGCAUCAUAGUUAGUGUAAGGAAAAGCCAACUCCAUCUUCCCUCAGCCGCAGCCAGAGAACCACACAAAUGCUACAUCUUCCUUCAGUUCUGAGCAACUCCUCCCCUCCUUGCCCAGUAUCCGUCUUUUAUUGACUAAAACAAAAGGUGUAAA